AAUUAUGAAGAUCCAUCUGAUAACGCUUUUGGGAGUAGCAUUAACUGCCUUUGAGUUUCCUGAAACUCUAGCUCUGACCAGGGACUUGGCUUCCCAGUGUAUCACAUGUCCAGAUGAGUUCAAGGGCAAGAUGGUCUGCGCCUUCCUCAACGGCUGCCACCUGCAGAUGGAGUACUGCUCCAUGCUGGUGUUCAACUGUGCCCGUCAAGUGCAUCAUAGACACUUGUUCCUGGUGAUGAACGAGGGUAGGUGCCAGAAUGUUCGCGGACCAGAGUGCACCUUUAUGGAUUUCUAAGUACUAGCGGAGACUGCCCGCGUUUAUUGAUUGAUGGAAUGAUUACAGUUUAAAGUGCUUAAUCUGAGUGGAAUGUAUGAUUAAUAUUAA